UACACAGCGUGGACAAAGCGCUUUGAGUCGCUAAUGAGGCGAUCUUCUUCUCCUUCCCUCCAAUUCCUCGCCGCCGCAGCCUCCUCCUCUUCCUCCUCCUCCUCCUCCGCCGCUACCACCACCAUGUCUUCUCGCCGCCCCUACAGACCUACUCGGAAUCAAUGGCGCAGAGACUUCUCCGACCGCCCCUCCGCCGGCGGCGGAGGCGGCAGAGGUCAGUUCGUCACCGGCGACUCUCACUUCCAGUCCGUCAGCGACGCCAAUCGAGGGUUUCGGCCCGUGGAGGGACCAAAUUUCGCUAUUCGGCCUCAAUCUCGGCCUCAUUUCAAUCCAAGACUGCAUUUCAAUCCUCCACCGCCUUUCAAUCCUUCGCCGACUUUCAAUCAUCCACCACCGCAUUUCAGUUAUCCACCACCGCCGCCGCCGCCUUUCAAUCACAAUCAACCGUUUUGUCGGCCGCAGCAGUUUCGUCCGCAGUCUCCGAAGCCUUUGGAUUACCGGAACUGGGAGUUUGCGAAGCCAAUGCCGCCUCCUCACUGCGAGCGGUUUACAGUCCUCUCGUACAACAUACUUGCUGACUACUUGGCUAUUAAUCAUCGAAGCAAACUUUACUUUCACAUACCUCGUCAUAUGUUGGAGUGGGAAUGGCGGAAGAGAAAUAUCAUUUUUGAGCUUGGGUUAUGGUCAGCUGAUAUAUUGUGCUUUCAGGAGGUUGAUAGAUUUCAGGAGUUAGAAGAGGAGUUAAAGUGUCGGGGAUACAGUGGCAUUUGGAAGAUGCGAACUGGUGAUCCAGUUGAUGGUUGUGCAAUCUUUUGGCGCAUCUCAAGAUUCAAGUUGCUGCAUGAGGAAUGCAUUGAAUUUAAUAAGCUUGGACUUCGGGAUAAUGUUGCCCAGAUAUGUGUGUUGGAGUCGUUGAAUAAGAACGAUAAUAAAGAUAUGCCAUUGAGGUUGACAGGUUCUAAUAAAGUUGUCAUUUGUAACAUUCAUGUGCUUUUCAAUCCAAAAAGGGGAGAGAUUAAACUUGGUCAGAUUAGAGUGCUUCUGGAUAGAGCUCAUGCUGUUUCUAAGCUUUGGGAUGAUGCUCCUGUGGUUCUUUGCGGGGAUUUUAACUGUACCCCAAAAAGUCCGUUAUACAAUUACAUAUCAGAGCAGAAGUUAAAUAUAUCUGACCUGCCUAGAGAUAAGUUAUCAGGACAAGCUUCUGCUGAAAUUCGUCCACCAAGUCAGUUUAACCCUAAUUUCAGGCCUCAGUUUGCUGAUAGUUCAGGUGGAGCUUCAGCAGUGGUUGAUCACAGGGAACUCGGGCAGAAACAGAAUAAUACAGAAAGCAAUUCUGUAAAUCUAACUUCCAUGAAUAUCAUAUCUCAACCUCAGUGUGUUAACACUGGGCUGAAUGUGAACGGUGCAUCUCCUUGUGAAAUAACUAAAGAAACUGAUAAGGAAGUAGAUGGGUGUAAGGAUGAAACUCAUUUGACUGUGUCUGUUCCAAAUGGUAGCUUAAAGGAAAGUCCAAGUUCUCAAAACAAUGGCGGGUUUUGUAUUGAACAAAUGAAAGAUGGACAUGAACAGUCUGAAGCAAAUUUACAAACGGAAAAUGAAAGCAUGAACUGUGAUAAGAGCAAACUUCCCUUUAUUGGUACCAAUGAUUCUACAGAUGCCAUAAUUGAUCCAACACCUUCAGGUGCUUCCAACUUGGAUGAUGUUUCUUCAUCUGAGCUGUUCCAUGAGACUUCCUUUCCCAGUACUCUGAAAGUCCCCACUGUUGGAGGUUCAGAAAAUUUGUCAUCUCUAUCAGUUGCUGAUGACAAGGAUUUCCCUUCAACCUUGUCUAAAGUCAAUGCUUCAUUUGAAUCGACAAGCCUAUCACUUAAAGAGGAUGAAACCAAUGAAGAAGAUGAAAGUUUUGGUGAAGAUUCUACUGAUUUUUUAUCAGAGUUGCAUGGCAAAAAUUGUUCCUUUCCACCUGAUUUUAGUCAUGCUGUAAGAUCUGACUUUGUGGAAUCUGAUAAAUCCUUUGAUGAAUCUACUGCUGUUCCCCAUAGCCGGCAAUUGCAUUAUUCUAGAGAUGAGGUUCUGGAUGAUGAUUCUCCCGGAAUGGAUUCUGAGCCUGUUCAUGCAUCGAAUUUUACAUAUGAUCCAUCAGCAUGGACUCCAAUGGAAAUAGAAACUGCAACAGGUAAAGCAGACUGCGCACUUGUAGAACACCCUCUGAAGUUGAGAAGCACAUAUGCAGAAGUUGAGGACCGUUCAGGGACUAGAGAUUCAAAUGGAGAACCCCUGGUGACCAGUUACCACAGGUGUUUUUUAGGCACGGUUGAUUAUAUAUGGCGCACUGAAGGUCUCCAAACUGUCAGGGUGCUUGCUCCAAUUCCAAAGAAUGCCAUGCAGUGGACUCCAGGAUUCCCAACGAGGAAAUGGGGAAGCGAUCACAUUGCACUGGUUUCUGAAUUGGCUUUCAUGAAAGAUCCGAGUAUUCAACAGAAUACAGAAGCUCCCUAACUGUCAAGUCGUUUUUGCAGUUGAGGCUUGCAACCGGAAGAACUGCUUUCUCCGCUCUAACUCUUGGCCUCCAUUAACAAUGUACGCAUCGAUGGAAAAAAGUUAAUCAAGUUUUAAUUCUGUCAACUUUUUUCCGGUCUUUAGUUUUUAGUGUUCUUUUGUACAUAUAACCUUUCUAAUCCUCCAAGAGUUCGUUUAUGAUUCAAAACUUUUUUUUUCCCCCUUGUAUCAUUAUCUGAUUAUAGGAUUUUGACUAAAAAGAGAUUAUUGGUUUCGGUGUUGUUUGUCAUAAGAAGUAAAAAUCCUAUUGUGAUAAUUUUAUUCCUUUAUGUUCAAAAUAAAGUCCCUUUCAUUUUUUCGUGUAGA